AUGUCUUCGAAAGUAGGAAUGGGUAGGGAAUCGGGAAGGUUAAAAGAUGCAGAUAAAAAAAAGGUCCUUGAUACAGCAACCAGAAAUCGUAGGGCACGUCGGGCUCUUGAGAGUUUAGAAAUGGACAACUAUCAACAAGAUCCACAUGCUGACAUUGUUUUGAAUAAAAAAGCUCCUAAAUUUUUAGACACUAUUGAGGCUAAAGGAGGGAGACGUAAAAAGGAAAAGAGUGCUGAAUAUUACAAACAAAAAUUUCGAAGGACAUUUGAACAAUUAAUCGAAGCUGAUCAAUUUAACAACCGUGACCCGCCCAACUAUAAUACAAUAGAAGCACCCUCAUCAAACUUUCCACGCAGAAUAUUUUGUGCAGUCUGUGGAUUCAGGAGUUCAUACACAUGUACGACAUGUGGUGCACGAUAUUGUUGUAUUUCGUGUUUAGGUACACACCAAGCCACACGAUGUCUUAAAUGGGCUGUAUAA